AACGUCGUGAUAAAGGAGGCCAAGAAACGACUCUUCUUCCUACGCCGAUCUUAUCAUGCACACCUGUCACUUUUACAUUGCUCUACGGAUUGAACACCAGGUUCCUCUCCGGAAUGCUCUCUGGAAUCCCGGCUCCCAAAUGCUCCAGGUUCCCAGGUUGCCAUGGGGACGAUUAUGUCAUUCUGAAAACCGGAGGAAAGGAGUCAUCGCAGCAGAAGUUUUCCGGAAGAGAGGGAGAUGGGGAGAGACGGGUGGAGAGUUCAGUACUGCGCAGUCUCUGUCAGACCGAGACUUCAGGGGCUUGCGGUGCAGAAGACUUUACAAGGGAGCCACGGCAUCGCCGUCUACUGUAUUUUAUUGCACAUUUUUUAUUGUGUUUUAACCGCACGCAAAAAAAAAAAAAAAAUGCGCAAGAUAGUGCAUCUGCAAGCCGGACAGUGCGGGAACCAGAUCGGGGCGAAGAUGGUACCACAUUCUUCCCUCUGUGUGCUCAUCCUUGCCUCCGGUUCUGUCCCAGUUCUGGGAGGAGAUUAGUGAUGAGUACGGUAUCGACCCAACGGGGGCGCACCACGGAAACAGCGACCUACAGCUGGACAGGAUCAGUGUCCAUUACAACGAGGCCCGAGUGGAGCUGGGAACAACUGGGCCAAGGGUCACGACACGAAGGGAGCUGAGCUGGUGGACUCGGUUCUGGACGUGGUGAGGAAGGAGUCCGAGAGCCGGGACUGCCUGCAGGGCUUCCAGCUGACCCACUCACUGGCCGGAGGAACCGGGUCGGGCGUGGCGCCCUGCUCGUCGGGCAAGAUCCGCGAAGUCCCCGGACCGCAUCAUGAACACGUUCAGCGUGGUGCCCUCCCCUAAGGUAUCAAACUCAGUGGUGGUGUUGUACAACGCCACCCUCUCCGUCCGCCAGCCGGCGGAGAACACGGACGAGACCCACCGCAUCGACAGCGAGGCGUCGUACGACAUCUGCUUCCGCACGCUCAAACCGACCCCGCCUGCCUACGGCGACUUCAACCACCUGGUGUCGGCCACCGUGAGCGGGGUCACCACCUCCUUCCGCUUCCCCGGCCGGUUGAACGCCGACCUUCCGCAAACUGGCCGUCAACACGGUGCCCUUCCCCCGCCUGCACUUCAUCAUGCCCGGCCUGAACUUUAGAGCACACCCAUCUCUGAUGUCAUGUAGUUCUACCUGUAGGUUUAUUACGCCCAUCUCUGAUGUCAUCUCUGAUGUCAUCUCUGAUGUCAUCUCUGAUGUCAUCUCUGAUGUCAUCUCUGAUGUCAUGUAGUUCUCCCUGUAGGUUUAUUACGCCCAUCUCUGAUGCCAUCUCUUAUGUCAUGUAGUUCUCUCUGUAGGUUUAUUACGCCCAUCUCUGAUGUCAUCUCUGAUGUCAUGUAGUAAUAGGUAUAUUACACAUCAUGUAGAGCUAGGUUUAUAAUUUCUUAUGUCAUGUAGGGUUAGGUUUAUAGUCUGCAAUGUCAGGUAGAGCUAGGUUUAUAAUCUGCGGUGUCAUUUAGGGCUUAUGCAGGCUGUGCUUGUGUUCUAGUGUCAGUAGCUUAGUUCCACAAUCCUAUUAUUUAUUUUAUGAAUCUAAUGAAAAUCAUUUGACACAUGACACAUUUGAAUUGAUUCAAUAAAAUGUUUAGACAAAACAAAAUAUUAACUCUUGAUUCCUGUAUUCUCUCUCUCUUUCGAAUGGUUAAGCUUAAGUUGGUCAUAAUUAAGCGCUUUGAUUUAUCUCACCAGUUUUUGUUUCCAUUCACAUGACAAGUAAUGUACAAAUUAGAGUACAUUUACAAAAGAAAAUGUGCAAUCAGUUUUAUUUUUGUGAUAAUAACUAUGCGUAUGACUUCAUACUUUGGUGUAAAAUGUGUUCCUUUUCUCUCUGAUCUGCCAUGUGUCAGUGACGUUCUACAUCCAGAAGAGGGCGCUGUCACACGUUAUGACCGUUUCUUAAACGGGGUAGAGGAAAUUCUCAUUUACAUCACUGCGAUUUCCUGCUUGCUCUUUCCUCGGGCCCCUUUCUCCAAAGCCCGUCGGCCGGAGAAGGUCAGAUGAUGGAAGGAGAGGCUGAGAGACAAGGAGUGAGAGAGAGAUGGAGAUCUGGAGAAGACAGAGAACCUGAGAGAGAGAGAGAGAGAGAGAAGAGAGAGAGUGAUGGAGCGAGAGAGAAGAGGGAUGGAUUAUAGGAAGGGCAUUAUGAAGGGAAUAGAUCUGAUAUCUGGACAUUGAUUACUGAUAAAGGAUUAAUGACUUUAUGCUAAUGAAGUGGGGCUGGGAUGUCAUGAAGCACAGCCUACGUUCAUGACUUGAACUGUACCACUUCCUGUUAAUGUUCCUUUAGUGCUCACACACACUCACACACGCGCACACCCUCACAAGAUUAGACUGAGGUCACGAAAAACCGAUACAGAGACAGGACAAUCUGAGUCGACAUAGGGAGAUCGAGACAGAUUUAUUUAGCUUGAUAGCAAGGAAAAGACAUUUGAUAGAAAGUGGUGAUGACAACUGACAAAGAGAGAGAGAGAGAGAGACACGUCAUAAGCCACAGACCACUACCACACACACCUAACACACACGCACACACCUAACGCACACACACAGAUAUCAGGAAGUCAUCUACUCAGUGCUGACUUUGCAGGCUGCUGUCGUGUGUGUGUCUCUAUGCAGAAGUGUGUGCAAGUGCCCCUGUGAGCGCCUAUGUUUCCCUAGAGCAGGUUGCUAGCAUGAACCCGGAGCAGCGGAGCUGAGCGUCAGCCGGGCCCCAGCCACAGACACAUGGACACAGAGCCACACGGACAUCAUGGGCUCCAGACUGAAAGAAAACCCUGACAGGACGUUCUACUGGUUCUUUGAAGCGUCUCGCCCAAUCGCAAGAGACAAGGAUCCGAGUGUGCUGUUCCAGUUUCCGGAGGACUUCAGUGACGAGGAGUCCCGUCAGACGCUGCCUCGCUUCUGCUUCCCCUACGACAUAGAGAAGGUGAAAGAUGUGGUGGCGGUGCAGCAUUUCACCUUCGUGCUGACAGACCUGGAGGGCUGCCAACGGUUUGGCUUCUGUCGUCUGGCCAGCAGCUCACACACCUGUCUGUGUAUGCUCAGCUACCUACCGUGGUUCGAGGUGUUUUACAAACUUCUGAACAACCUGGCUGACUACCUUACAAAGGGACAGACCAAUGAGAUGCGAGAACUUCUGGCCACCCUCUACAAACAGCCCCUGCCAUUGGCUGUCGGCUCUGUCACUCUGCAGCUGGGAGAGCAGCUAUUGGUCAGGACAGAGAUGCCCUGCCCGCCCGGACACGCCCACCUCCCCUUGCGGGACGGGCAGGAAGGGGUGCCCUAUUUCAUCGCUCCAGACCCCAGGAGUCUCCCGUCCAUCCCAGAGAAUAGGAACCUGACGGAGCUGGUGGUGGCAGUAGACGUGUCUAACCUGCUCCAUCUCUACGCCAGCAUGCUGUUUGAGAGACGCAUCCUCAUCCUCUCCAGCAAACUCAGUACGUUGACAGCCUGUGUCCAUGCCCUCAGUGCAGUUCUCUAUCCAAUGUACUGGCAGCACAUCUUCAUCCCUGUCCUGCCCCCCCACCUACUGGACUACUGUUGCGCUCCAAUGCCCUUCCUCAUUGGAGUUCACUCCAGUCUGACAGAGAGGGUGAAGAGCCGUGGGCUGGAGGAUGUGGUGAUCCUGAACGUCGACACCAACACCAUGGAGUCGCCCUUCGAGGACCUGAAGAAGCUGCCAGCAGACGUGGUGUCCAGUCUGAAGUUGCGUCUGAAGCGCCUGACGGCGUCUCCCGGUGUGGGCGUGGCCAAGGCCUUCCUCACCGCGCAGGCUCUUCUGUUUGGAGGAUACGGAGAGGCUCUGAGAGGAGACGCGGAUGGUCAGGUCGGGUUCAGCGAGGAGGUGUUUCUGGAACAGAAGUCUUCGGCUACAAGACAGUUCUUACAGAGUGCCAUCCACCUACAGCUUUUCAAACAGUUCAUUGAUGGGCGGCUGGAGCUGCUGAACAGAGGAACAGAACCGGACGACCUGUUUGAACAAGAGAUACUACAGUGUGGUUCUGCCGCAGGAAGCACAAAAACCUACCAGCAGCUGGUUGGCAACCUGAAGAAAGGGGGAGGAGCCCUCAUCCUGAACGUCAAGUCCAAGGCCCACGUGUACAAGUCGGCCAAACGUGGCUUGAGGAACCUUUUAUCAUCCAAGGACCACACUGAGGGUCACUCGCUCCAGAGAACCGGUUCCGUAUAUGGAACGCAGCGCCGCAGCCAAUCAGACAGCCUUCAGAGCCGCCUGCCAAUAACACAACACUUUGGGAAGAUAUGUCAGUCGCGUCCGCGUCGCCCAGUAAAUCGCCAUGGCUACCACCGUGACAACGACAACACACAGGAGAACACAGAGACCUGGGAGGAAGACUGGACUGACAGGACGGUCCCAGGCCCCGUGGCCGAACCAGAGCCCAAGGAAGAGGAGGAGGACUCUGGUCUGUGUGACCCUGAGGAGAUGGACCUCCUGGGGGAGAUCUUCGACACACUGAGCAGCAGGAGCUCCCACGACCGCGGCCUGCUGUACGGCACCAGGAGCCUGGACCUCUUUGGGACCGAGACGGAUUUCAUUAGACAGAGGAGUCUUGCCACGCCCAGUCAGGAGAGUUUGGGUGUGUCUAUCAGUGGGAGUGGCAGUCUGAACAGCUGGAACCAAGAGGAGGGGAUACAGGCUACAGGGGAGGAGCUAGAACAGACAGAGAAUCAUGAUUGGUUAGGUGAGGGACAGGAGCUCUCGGAGGAGAAAUCCGGCCCUGCUCUAUCAAGAAGAGAGGAGGACAGGCGAAUAGAGAUGAAGGAGGAAGAGAGCAGUGAGGAGAAGAAAAGAGAGGAGGAGAGAGAGGAGAGGAGAGAGGAGAUGGGAAAGGGGUUAGGAGGGGCAGAGGAGCUCAACGAGAGGAAAAAAGUUGAGAUGGAGAAAUGGGGUGUUAUCGGGGAAGGAGGGCAAGAUGAGCCAGGGAUGAAGGAGACGAGGAAAAGUGAAGACGUCGUCGUAGAGACAGAGACACAGUGUGAAGGUACGGGCGAGGAAGGAGAGAAUAAUGCCAAAGAGGGCAGAGGCAGGGCAGAGGGAGAGACGUUUCUUGGGGGUACAGACCUGAGACAGGCAGAGCAGACCCAGGUGGAGGAGAGAGGCCCAGAGAUGCCAGUACAGUUACCCGGUAAGACAGCCACUAGUCUGGGUACUGAGGCUGUGUCCACCCCCCACAAAGAAACUGCUCCCCCUAGCUUCCAGAACAACACAGGGCCCCGUUCAUCCAAACCACCUCUCGGACGCAACGAAGGAGUGGAAGGGAGGGAGAAAAAAGAGGAGGCACCCAAACCCUGCUCUCCUAGCGUGGCGCUGGCCGUGGCACAGUUCCACGGGAAGGCCCAGACCAGGCGCUCGCCUGAGCCCGCUAAGCCCAGCGACGCGCCCCGGAUCCGGGACACUAUCCAGAAGAGCUGCCUUCAGGAGGCAAACGCGCGGGCCUCACCGAGCGCCGUGGCCACGCCUGUCCUUACCUCGCAUGUGAACGACCAAUCAGAAUGUAGGAAGGAGCCCGGUGACGAGGAAGACCCGCCCUUUGUCAAGGUCUCCGAGCUGAAGAAGAGAUUUGAGGCUUGAUGAUUGGUGCAGGACUCUUGAUUUACGCGUGGUUCAGCCGAUGCCUUCUGCCGUUGUUACCAAGAAUCUGACAUUUUCGAGUUCAAUGGAUUGGCGAGUCAGAAAUCUGGGUGUUUGACUUUGCUUAGUUCAGACUAGUAUGUGGGCGCAUCUUUGAUGACAUCACAGAACAACUUUUUAGGAGCAUGAAUCUCGGGCCCAAUCCUUGAUCAACCCUUUAGUCUCACACUCGAUGGAUGUUUGGAGAUGUGAGGUUUGACGGGGUAAUACCUCCACCCUGCCAUCUUAGAUCUCAGAGAGGGUGUAGCGGGGGGGGGGCUAGGCAUCUCUGAAACCUGGAGGGUCAGAACAGUUUCUACCUGCUUGUUAAUGUGACUCACCGGAUGUCCCAGUUCUCCAUUACACAUGGCUUACAAGGAGACGAUGAAAAACCAGAAGUGUGUCUACUCUCCAGGACCAGAGUUGCUUAGCUCCAGAGAAGGACUUUUGGAUUGGGCCAAUAUCUAAAUAUUGCAGAUAAAAAUAUAAUAGACAAGAUCCCCCAUUCCCUAUUGGACUGACGGUCAUGUUUUCUACAUAAUACGUUUCUCUCUGAACAGCCUGACAUCAUCUUGUACGGUCCGCUGGUGUUAUGCACAAAAAAGAAAAUGCACUUAACUUUGAUUUCUAUGGCACUGACUUUGCCAACCAAUGCCUUUGAUUAAGGAAUGUGUACUUAUUAUGAUUGUCAGAUGUUGGUUUUCCAAGACACCUAAAGAGGAACGCACUUAUUGUAAUUUGCCCUUGGAUGAGAGCGUCUGCUAAAUUACAUUUUUAAAACAAAAUAAAAAAUUCACAGGG